AUGCUCCCCGCCCCUGCCCAUACCCGGCAUAGACCGGUACCUGAUCUCCUCUACCAAGACUCGUCACUGCAAUUUUUCGUGCGCUCGCAGCAGGACGGAGAGAAAGAUGGGUCGCGUAACAAAGAAAGUGAGUCAGACAUCUCGUCGUUGGAGAGUACAGGGACGGAUUCAGAUGCGCCCUUAUCAAAGCAUCCAAUGCAAGUCCCGGAGCCUGGCUCAUCCCAGGAUCAGGGUGUACAAAAUAUACUACAAUUCCUGGGUAAUCAAGCAUCUGCUAUAAAAGGACCAGAGGUCAGUACAGACGUAGCAGCCCUGAUAUCUGAGUUUUUACUCAAGGGAAUUGAUAAAGAAUCUCGCAAAACUACUCUGGAAUCUUAUCCCUGUUUGGCAAACUGUCCAGCUCUUCAGCCUCCAAUGAUUAACCCAGAGUUUCGAUCUUGUUUAAGUAUUCGUACAAAUGCAGUUAAAGAGGAUACAUUCCUCAGUAAACUUCAAUUACAGUUAGCAUCUGGGAUAAGUGCACUGGCCGUCGGCUUCGUUAAGCAAUAUGAGAAAACGAAAUCGAAUUCUACAGCUCCACUAAAAAUAAUCGCAGAUGUUUUUCAUGCGAUUUCUCUUCAUCGUCGUUAUUCCAUUCUACCAUUUUUGGAUGGCAACGUUCGCAAAUUUUCUGAUACUUGCCCAAUUGAUGAAUUUUUAUUUGGAAAAACAUUCCCGGACCAAUGGAAAUCCGCAAGUGAAGCUCAACGAUUAGGAUUUUCAAUCGAGAAGAAGGAAAAAGCCCUAGGAUCAGCAUCUUCCAAACCAGUCGUCUAUAAGAAAUUGGAGCCCAAGCCAGGUCCGUCGAGGGUCCCGUCGUCUUUAAACUCCCGGCGCCAAAUCUCGCAUGAAAAAGGAGGAGGAGAGGUUUCGUUCAGCAAGGUCAUACCGGAAGCAGUAGACAAGGUACAUCCUCUUUGCGAUAUGUAUGCGGGUCGCUUAUCUGCAUAUGUAAAUAAGUGGGCAAACAUUACACAAGAUUCUACUAUUAUUUCUUGGUUAUCUGGAUAUAAAAUGCCUUUUGUUAAGAAACCUAAGCAAAGGCGUUUACCUAGACCUGCUUUUACGCUGCAGGAAUCAGAUAAAUUAAAGGAUAGCAUAAGACUUUUGAUAAACAUAGGAGCAGUAUCCAAAACUACCUCAAAACCUGGCCACUUUUUGUUCUCAUUUUUCUUAAUACCGAAACCUUGUGGGGCAUUCAGGUUUAUUCUAAAUUUAAAGGAAUUAAACGAAUUUUUAGAACCACCCCACUUUAAAUUGGAAGAUUUCAGGACUGUCUUCAAAUUGGUUUAUAAUGACUGUUCCUUCACUAAAAUAGAUUUAAAAGAUGCCUAUUUUAUGAUACCGGUGCAUCAGACAUUCAGAAAAUACCUCACUUUUAAAUUUCAAGGUGUAUAUUACCAUUUUAAUUGUUUACCUUUUGGUCUUUGUACAGCCCCAUGGGUCUUUACAAAAAUUAUGAAACCAAUCCUUAAAUAUUUAAGGACUAGAGGUGUAAUUUGUGUACUGUAUUUAGAUGACUUAUUAAUUAUCAGUAAGUCAAUACAAACAGCUGACUGUCAAAUUGCUAAGGAUAUUUUAGAAUAUUUAGGAUCCUUAGUAAAUUACGAUAAAAAAAUCGGUGUUCUGUUUUAG